UUUUAAUUUAUGCAUGACAUGCAUUUAAAUGAAGAAGUGAUCAUAUAGUUGACCCCAACUUGCUCGGAACUUAGGCGUAAUUAUUGUUGUAUUGUUAUCAAAAUACAACAAACUUCAAAUGUUGAUCCGAACAUCUCUCACUCACCAAUUUUCUUCUCCAUCACUCAAUUUCCUCCUCCUUUACCCCAUGAUCUAGUUUUUCUUCUUUUCUUUUUCUUUCAUAAUAAUGAGUGCUUCUACUUCUUCUCAACGUUCUAACCGGAAUUUCUUUACUUGGUUCUUCAUCUUAUUAUUAAUCAUUUAUCUUAUUUACUCUUCAAACAUCAUUCUUAACAAAGAUGAUUCUUUAGAUUGUGCUACUACUUCAAACAUUUCCACCACUGAAUCCCUUUCCACGAACGCGUCUUCUUCGUUCACUCUUGAUCAAGAACAACAAGAAAAAACCGAAGAAUAUGUUCGAAAAAAGGAACCGGAAACUGAGCUCAAGCAUAUUGUGUUUGGAGUAGCUGCAUCAUCAAAUUUGUGGGAUAAAAGGAAAGAGUAUAUAAAGUUGUGGUGGAAACCAGGAGAGACAAGAGGGGUUGUUUGGUUAGAUAAACAUGUGAAAAUUGGCAGCAAUGAAGGUCUACCUGAUAUUAGGAUUUCAGGUGACACUUCAAAAUUUCUUUACACGAAUCGACAGGGGCUAAGAUCGGCUCUGAGGAUUUCUAGGGUUGUCUCUGAGACAUUAAGAUUGGGUUUGAAAGAUGUGAGAUGGUUCGUGAUGGGGGAUGAUGACACAGUAUUUGUUGUGGAAAAUGUGGUUAGAAUAUUAUCAAAGUAUGAUCACAACCAAUAUUAUUACAUUGGUAGCUCUUCAGAAAGUCAUGUGCAAAAUAUAUUUUUCUCAUAUGCUAUGGCUUUUGGUGGUGGUGGAUUCGCAAUUAGUUAUCCAUUGGCAAAAGAGUUAGAAAAAAUGCAAGAUCGUUGUAUACAAAGGUAUCCUGGAUUAUAUGGUAGUGAUGAUAGAAUUCAAGCUUGUAUGGCUGAACUUGGUGUACCCCUUACCAAAGAACGUGGAUUUCAUCAGUAUGAUGUAUAUGGCAACUUACUAGGCCUACUGGGAGCACAUCCAGUGACACCAUUAGUCUCACUUCAUCAUCUUGAUGUAGUAGAUCCAAUAUUUCCAGGAAUGUCCAGAGUUUCAGGCCUUCAACGUCUAUUCGAAUCAGCAAAACUCGAUUCUGCUAGCCUAAUGCAACAAUCAAUUUGCUAUGACAAAGACAGAUAUUGGUCUAUUUCAGUGUCAUUUGGCUAUGUGGUGCAAAUAAUUAGGGGUAAUAUUUCACCUAGAGAACUUGAAAUGCCUACGAGGACAUUUCUCAAUUGGUACAAAAGAGCUGAUUAUACUGCUUAUGCAUUUAACACUAGGCCUGUGACAAAGCAUCCUUGCCAGAAGCCUUUUGUGUAUUAUAUGAAUACGGCUAAAUAUGAUCGGUCGAGAAAUCAGAUUAUUGGGAUUUAUUAUCGACAUCGAGAGCCUGCACCAUAUUGCAGGUGGAAAGUUGAGUCACCUGAGAAUAUCAACAACAUUAUUUUGUUGAAAAGACCAGAUAGCAACAGAUGGAACAAGUCUCCAAGGAGGGAUUGUUGUGGUGUUCUACCAUCAAACAAUAACUCAAAAUCAAAUUUGUACAUGUGGGUAGGCAGUUGCAGAGAUGGUGAAAUCGGUGAAUUGUAGCUGCUAGGGAGAAAGGCUUUAGUUUUGUUGCCAAACUCCAUUUUUCUAGUUUAUCUUUAGCUCUAUUUUUAGGCCAUAAGCUCUGGAUUGGAAAAGAAGUGAUUGUUCUGCACCAAAAGAGAAGAUAUUGAAUAUUGCAGAUUACUGAUCCGAGAAAGAAUGGCUACAGAAGCUACGCAAACAUUGGAAGUAAAAUGAACU